UGAAUUUGACAGUUGGAGGUGAGAUAAAGCAGCAAAACAUGCCACAAAAGCCCCCUUCAACCCACACCUAGAUCACUUUCUUCACUCUUUUUCCUAUGCCUUUAUGGAUCAGGCUCGAGAUUCGAACAUAUGGCUUGCUAUCCGAUGAAUCAUCUCUCUGUUCUUAGAAGUUAAACAUGGUGUUCUAAUGGCAAAGACAAUGUGUUGGAUUGGUUGGGUCAAGAGGCUUUUUGGUUCUGACCCAAAAACUAAAUCAGAAAAGAAAUCUAGAAAGUGGAGAUGGGUUACUCAAAGAUUCAAGGUUAAGAAGUGCCAAGUGAUUGCACCACCACCACCACCACAAACAGCUCUGAAUGAAGCAACGGUUGAGAGGAGGAGACAGGCUUUGAGUGUUGCUGCUGCCACAGCAGCUGCAGCUGAGGCUGCCGUUGCAGCUGCCAAUGCCGCGGCGGAGGUUGUCCGCCUUACGGCUGUCUCGGACUCCUACUGUUUGUCCUCUAUGAGAGAUCGAAUCUGGGCCGCCAUUAAGAUUCAAAGCUAUUUCAGGGGAUAUCUGGCAAAGAAGGCCUUGAGAGCACUGAAGGGAAUAGUGAAACUUCAAGCAAUAGUUCGUGGCCGAGCCGUGAGACGUCGAAUCGACGCUGUUUUGAACCGACCAAUGAUAAUCAAGGAAAGAAGGAAUUCAAAUGUGUUUCAGAAGAAAAGUUUCAUUGCAGAAAGAAGUUGCAACAGCUGUGGGAAGAAGGUGUUCAUCCAGCCAAAAGAGGAGUUUGAGGAGGAUGAACUAAAGCUUGAUUUGAACAGCCUGAGAAACUGGGAUGGCAGCAGUCUCUCCAAAAAGGGCAUUGAAGCCUUACAUUUGAGAAAGCAAGAGGCAAUGAUGAAAAGGGAAAGAAUGUUGAAAUAUUCAUUUUCACACCGAGAAGGAAGAAACAACCAAAUGACAGAAGAAGAAAGUCCAAGGAGAAGUUUGAGGCCAAGUGUGCACAUAAGUUUAGUAAGUGAUGUGAAUAUGAGCUCACAAUACUCAUCGCCAAGAAGAUCAUUCGGCCAUUUGAAGCAUAAUAGCUCAUCAGGCGAUGGCUAUGAGAGCUGCAUGCCCACAAGCUGCUCGCCAGUGUUCCCAACGUAUAUGGCCGUCACAGAGUCUGCUAAGGCUAAGACAAGGUCAAUCAGCACUCCUAAGCAAAGGCUAUCAUUUUUCAAUGAUGUCUCCUUUUGGUCAUCUUAUGAGGAAUAUGUCUAAUCAAGUUUGAGAAUUGCCUUUCUUUUUUUUUCUUUUUUUUUCUUUUUUUUGUUCUUGUUUCAUCU